CUAUAAAGCAGACUGCAGAAGGAUAUCCGAAAUUCAAGCCUACGAGAGGAGAACAUUUCUGCUAACCGUAAAGGCUUCCUGUUAUCUUUGGAGAGAAAAUUCUAAAAGUCUGAGACAUGAAUCUUGCUGUGGUGUGUGUAGUGUUCUUUUUGGCUGUGACACAAACGUUGUCUGAGGAGAUGGAAUAUAAUGAAGACCGGUACUGGCCUGAAAGCAAUCUACACCAGGCAGAUCUUCAGACAGACAUAGAAGACCCAGCACUUGAAAGAUUUCUGUUGAGAAUUGCAAGAAAGGCAAGACCAGGUCAAAUCCUCGAACUAAUUGCAAAACGAAGCAAAGAAUUUAAAAGGAAUUCUCCAAAACGGCAAAACAGUAACUCCUUUGUUGGUUUGAUGGGUAAGCGAUCACUAAGUUCAGAAUCUGAAGAAAGUGCCAUGGACCUGGAUUUCAACAGAAGACGUUAACAAAUGUGUUCUAUGUAUUAUCUAUUUAUUUAACUAUGGCUUAAAGAUGUAAAAUAGACUGAUUAUGGUAAUGAAUGACUUAUUUAAUGAUAUUAGCUGCUAUAUAAAUAUAUAUUUAAAAAUAUA